AUGCCCAAGGAAUGGACCAGUCGUAUUGAAGGUCUGGCUGCAGGCAUAUGUGACCCUGCAAAGUUCAUCUCGAUACAUCACCUGCAGGCGCCCGAGUCUAUCGCGAGGAACUUGGCCGCAGUGGCUGCAGUUUUGAUUUUGGGCGACUGGGAGGGUGUCACACUAUAUUAUGGCACUCAUAAAAAUGAGCAAAAACAAACACAUUCCAUGCUUAAAGCUUUGAUAGGAAGUUCCGACUUCGACGUACGUGCCGUGGAUUACGCUACGUUGACGCGCAGCAUCAAGACAACCCCAUUUGAAGCGACCACGAAUUUGGUGAUUAUACUCGAAGCAGACGCCGACAUGUCUAUCGAAUAUGCUCACUGUAUCGUCACCAUAUCCCAGAAGCUAAGAGGCCUGGAUCUCGAUAGCUCCGACGGACAAGGAGGAAUGCGGCUGCUCACAGUCUCCCGCGACUCGUUCGAUGAUCGGUUACGAAAGCUCCUGUCCAUCGGCGAUAAACAGUACCAACGGGUACCACGAGAAGGGCAAAUAUAUCGAUUCGACUUUCCAGAGCAGUGUAUUAUCGAGGAGGGACCCCUGCAAGGUCUACCUAGGCACUUGGAGGUACGCAAACCUACUGCCAAUGCUGGCGAUAACCUGCGAUCGAUCACCCCGCGGCUCAUCGAGGUCCAACCCGAAAGCAACGAUAUUUGGCUUGAGGCUGCCGCGCAAAUUUCCAGUUCGAACAAGAAGAUGCACCUCAUAGUGUGCUUUGAGCCAUGGCCAGACAUGGCCAGAGCUGUAGAUGCCGUUGGCAAAAUGACUACUUUCGGGUGCUUUGAACCAGGGCCAAUCUUUCAAGGUGCGGGGUCUAGUACCUAUGAAACCUUGGCAGCUCGUUUUUCAGACUGGCUACAUAUCGUAGCCGACAUGCAGAACACUUCGGGCAGCGACGCGCUACAGGGAGAGAAUGAUGAAGAAAAGCACGUUUUCCUGGCACUGGUUCGGGACGGGAUGGUGCCAUCCUUCGAAGUGGUAUAUGCAGGCUGCGAGCAAUCAGGGAAUCAAUCAUGGAAUUUGAUCCUAAUCCUAGGCAACCAGACCACAAAUUCUCAUUAUGAAGAAUCGAUCCGCGAUGUACAUUCCGUCCAACUCCAGGGCGGUAUCAUUGAAUGGUGGGAUCAACUCAGCUGGCUCACAGCUGUCCCAGGCGACGCUGUUGUGAUCGACCGAUAUGGCUGGGCAUUGGAAGCCGCCAAAGCAUGGAGGGAGAGAGGUACCGGCUACUACAUCGACCGAAACGACAAAGGUUUGCAGUAUCGGCGAGUGGGUUCAUCUGAAAUAGAGGGAAGUCGUCUGGCUGAUUUCCUUGUGUUGCUGGCAACCGAGCGCAAAGAGAGAGCAAUCCCCAGCCAUGAAGUCCAAGCCAUUAUAUCCUCACUGGUAGCUCAGCGACGGCCUUGGCGCCGGGUCAUGGCUCAGCUGGUAUACCAGCGGGUUCUGGCUGCGAAUGAGCCAGAAACUCUGAGCGAUGUGAGCACCGAGAAUCCCGGACGUCUUGAUAUGAUGGGUCUACCGCGAAUUGAUAUGGAUGGCCCAGGUAGAUUGUUGUCAAAAGUUAGGCUGCUACGCAAUGCCAACUAUGACUACAGGCUCGCAGUCCUACUCAGUGCGCAGCCAACAGAUCCCAAUGCAGAGCUUUGCAAGACUCUUCUCGGUGCUUCCAUCUUGAGUGGCAUCGAUAGGUUAUUGGUUGAUGAGUUUGGCGAACUGGAUCAAUUGGCAAGGGGAGGCCCAUUGACCGAGUACGAUGUUGAGGGCCUCGCUAAAUCGGCGACUGGGAUCCUAUCUGAGAUCGCAAGCUUCGGGACAUGGUGGCUCAAGAUCGGCCUUUGGCACAGAGUCACCUGGUCAUCAGGUCAAAUGACGAGUCUCCUCUUCAGUGAUCUCCCGCGGCCUGAAAGGUACGGGGAGGAUCUGCCCAACGGCAAGCGGUGCGAAGGGUUGUUUCCCGUGAGCUACGACAUGAUGACCAUGGUGAACGCGCUGGAUAGUGUCCAGGCCUGGUUACAAUUUGGCGAGCAACCAGCCCCAGACAAGUGGCCACUUGCAACCCCGGGCAUACCAAAACCGUCCUUGAACCUGUUCUAUAGGCAGCUCACAAGCGCAUUCAUCCUUGAUUUGGUAGAAUGUCGUUUCUUCAAGGAGGACGGGAUGGAUUACAUCCACGUGAUAAAGGUGCAUGGUGGUCUUGUGAUGGAACCCAAGUGGGGAUACAUCUCGUCCAUGAUAGCCAAUAUACUGAGAGCAAAACGUACCAACUUCAUAUUCGGAAUAGUCCCAACGACACCAACUCAAGUUAUUCUCGAUGGAGGCAAAGAGGUUCAUUCGUUUGAUGAAUGGAUUUGGAUUCCGACUCGAUGUGUCAAUGACUGGAAUCAACGUCAUCAUCCAAACGAUUAA